AUGUGCAGUGGGAGUAACCUAGACACUGACAGUCAUCUGAACCCUUACAGUCAUCUGGACACCGACAGUCAUCUGAACACAAAAACUCAUCUGGACGCUGAUAGUAAUGCAGACAGUGACAGUCAUCUGGACAGUGACAGUCAUCUGGACACUGACAGUCAUCUGGGCACUGACAGUCAUUUAGACAUUAACAUUCAUCUGGACACUGACACUCAUGUGGACACUGACAGUCAUCUGGACAAUGAGAGUAACCUGGAAACUGACAUUCAUCUGGCCACUGAUAGUCAUGUGGACACUAAGAGUCAUCUGGACAAUGACAGUCAUGUGUACACUGACAGUCACCUGGAUAACGGUAAUAACCUGAAAAAUGAAAGCAAUAUGAGCAUUGACAGUCAUCUGGACACUGACAGUAGCCUGAAGAGUAACAGUCAUCUGGACAUUGACAGUCAUCUGGACAUUGGCAGUCAUCUCGGCACUGACGGUAACCUGAACAAUGACAACAAUCUGGACAGUCGUCUGGACAGUGAGAGUAACCUGGACACUGACAGUAAUCUGGACAAUGACAAUAAUCUGGACACCGACAGUUAUCUGGACAAUGACAGUCAUCUCCACAGUGACAGUAAUUUAAACACUGGCAGUAAACUGGACAGUGGCAGUAAUCGGGACUGUGGCAUUUAUAUACACAGCCACAGUAUUUUGGACAAUGACAGUAAUCUGGAAACUGAAACUAUGGAAAAUGACAAUAAUCUGGACACCGACAGUCAUCUGGACAAUGACAGCAAUCGGGACAUUAACAAUAAUCUGGACACCGACAGUCAUCUGGACAAUGACAGCAAUCGGGACAUUAACAAUAAUCUGGACACCGACAGUCAUCUGGACAAUGACAGCAAUCGGGACAUUAACAAUAAUCUGGACGCUGACAGUAAUCUGGACAAUGACAGUAAUCUGGACUGUGGCAUUUAUAUACACAGCCACAGUAUUUUAGACAAUGACAGUAAUCUGGAAACUGAAACAGUAAUCUCGUCAUUUAAAGUGACCUGA